UCAUUUUACAGUUCUCCCAGUAGGUGACGCCCUCCGCUAACAUGGGAUGUGGCGCGCGAUGGGGAGGCACCAUUGAGUUGAACCUAACGAUCAUCAUUUCGUCAUCAUUUGUAACCAUAGAGCAUGAAUUACCUCUUGAAGUCAUCAGAGAGAAUUUACGACUGGUCAACAAAGGCACGUGAUGCCCUAACGCUCUCCCAUAUUUGGCCGCAUACAUGGCAAAAACGAAGUACAGUGCAUUGCUAUAAUUCAUUAUUACAUCAUAAAUUGUGCGGCGCUGGAUUUUAACGACCAAGAUCUACAAAUCAAGACAUUUUAAAACAUCCAAAUGAGCUCUUAUUUUCUAAACUCGUUCUCAGGGCGCUAUCCAAAUGGGUCUGACUAUCAGUUACUAAAUUAUGGUACUAACGGCGCUAUGAACGCUUCUUACAGGGACUCCACCAGCAUGCAUUCCGGGUCUUUCGGUUACAACUACAAUGGAAUAGACCUUAGUGUAAACCGUCCCAACAAUGGCCAUUUCGGAGCAGUUGGAGAUAAUUCUCGCGCUUUCCAAAAUCCGGGUCAGGAGACCCGGUACAGACAGUCGAGCUGCUCGCUCUCGUCUCCAGAUCCCCUGUCUUGUGCCACCAGCGAGUCUCUGGAAUUGAAGGGUUCCUCUCCUCCAUCUGAUCAGAGCACACCAACCGGCAACAGCAGACUCACCAACAGCAACAAUCUCACCAGCAACAACAGCACACAUUUCGCGGACACAGACGAGACCAAUGUCUCGUCCGAGACCGAGGAAGGAGCACAGACCACCACCACCACACGUACGCAGAAGCAAGAAUCUGUGGCGAGCUCGACUACAACACCUAACGACGGUCAAACUCCACAGAUAUUCCCAUGGAUGAGGAAGCUGCACAUUAGCCAUGAUAUGACUGGACCUGAUGGAAAACGGGCUCGAACAGCUUACACUCGCUACCAGACCCUCGAGCUGGAGAAAGAGUUUCAUUUCAAUAGAUAUCUCACCCGCAGGAGGAGAAUAGAGAUAGCUCACGCUCUCUGCCUCUCAGAGAGGCAAAUCAAAAUCUGGUUCCAAAAUCGCAGGAUGAAAUGGAAGAAGGACAAUAAACUGAAAAGCAUGAGUCUCGCUACGGCGGGGAGCGCGUUUCAAAAUUGAUCAAAUCACAACACGAUAAUUGGAAAAUUCGACUACUGUUACAGCGCUGCACCUUUCAGCUUGUUGAUCUCACCUGACGACGUGUGAUUCCCCCCCGUGCAACUCGAAAUUGUCAGCUUUUGAAUAUUGUUAUCACAUAUGCUAAACUAGUUACAAAUGCCAUAAAAUGAGUGUGAAUGUCAAGUGUGUCAAGUUUAUACAUUCGUGGAGGAAAGCAUGUUCCAUGUGAGCUAUUCGUGCAACGUAUUCUAGACCUGUUACAAGAAUUAUGUACAGUACAACUCGCACUACCUAACUAUCUUCAGUGAUAGUGUAAAAAAAGAGAAACUUUUGUUGUAUCCUUGAACUUGUAUUGAAACGUCAUGUAUUAUUCACGCAACAUGCUAUAUUCUUGUUAUGUGCCGGGCUUUUUUGAUUUCUCGUAGAUGAUACCUGCGAGAAAAAUAAUCUUUUCGCACUUACAUUUGUGUACUUAGGCUGCAGCACAAGAUUACUUUGGGCUCGUAAGAUGUCCUAUGAAGAAUGUCUUUAUACAGUAGUGACCAAUAUGUUAUUUGUAGUGCACAACGUGAGUUAUGGACGUUCUGUGUUAAAAGUUGGAGAAAAAUGUUUUGUCAUUGACAUAUUGAUGGUAUCUCUGCCAUUUUUUGUAUUUGUGUCUAAACUGAAAAUGA